AUGGAUUAUUAUGGUGCAGUUAUGCUGUUAAUGAUACUCAUAGAUGAUAUGAAACAAUUUUCAGCAAAGUCAACUCCUUCAGAAUUAGCUCUGAGACUUAUGCAAGCAUUUUGUGCUAUCAGUGUCGACUUGUUGGUAAUUGCAAUAUUAAGUAACGCAGGUUUCAAAUUUAUCGUACUUGGGAUUAAAUUGCAAAACGUUACCAAUGAUACUCAACUGAAAAAUUUUGUGAUUGAACAUCAAGAUGCUAUCAGAUACGUCACAAUAAUAGAUAAUACUGUUACACCCAUCCUUGUUAAAUCCAUAGUAGCAGCAUGCACUUAUUUAAUUACAUGUAGUUUGUUAUUGUUGAACGAUGUACCUUUACUACAUGUAACACAGUUUGCUGCAAUAACAAUAUUAUCUUUCACACGACUUCUCGUAUGCAGCUGCGUGGCUCAAUCAAUGACUGACAUCGCUUCUAAUUUAAUUUCAUUAAUUACCGUAUCCUCCUGGCUAGAAUCUUCAUCGACGAUGCAUAAAAAUAUACUUUUUAUCAUACAAAGAUGUCAAAAGCCUAUCACUAUUUCGGUAAACGGUAUUAUACCUGCUUUAUCUCUCAAUUUUUGUGGAUUGGUAAUGUAUAAAACAUUUUCUUAUAUUAUGACAUUAAGAGCAAUAUUAAAAGUAUAA